CCGUGCACUCUGGCCUUCCUCAAAACCCUUGCGGCCCACUGGGCCUCGAACUCCACCACUCCGCGUCGCCAUGCAGAGGGUCUCGCAGCUCGCGCUCCGCCGCCUCCUGUCGCCGCCGUCCGCCACCGCGGCCGCUCGCCGGGCCGCGCCGGUGGCUGCGGAGCCUGUUUCCGGCGGGGGCGGCGUCCUCCUACCUCGGGGUGGUGUCGCCGGGGUAGCGGGGAACGGAUGGAGUGGCAGCGCCUCGGGGCUCCGGUUGGCUCGAAGGCUCUGCACCUACGACGAGAGAGAUGACAGGGCACUCGAGGAAGAAGCUGAGAAGAAGUUUGGAUGGAUAUUGAAGAUAUUCUUCCUAGGAACUGCUGGUCUAGUUGGUUACCAAUUCUUUCCGUACAUGGGGGAUAACCUACUUGAGCAAUCUAUCUCGCUUUUGCGUGUUAAGGAUCCCUUGUUCAAACGGAUGGGAGCUUCCCGUUUAGCUCGUUUUGCAGUGGAUGACCAAAGAAGAAUGAAGGUGGUAGAUAUGGGGGGAGCUCAGGAACUUCUUAAUGUAUUGGAAGGCGCCAAAGAUGAUAAAACACGAAAAGAAACUCUAAAAGCUCUUGCUGCACUUUCAAAAUCCGAAGAAGCUGCUGGAUUUUUGGACAAGGCAGGUGCCUAUGCAAUAGUCAGUUCCACUCCUAACUCUGGAGAAUAUGCUGAGAUCCAAACUUACAAGACUAGUCUUCUGACGGCAUUUGAUCAACUGAAGUCAUGACGUGCAAAUGGCAAUUGGUACAUUCAGCAACAUGUUAAUUCUAAACUUCGCAGUGGUGGGCAAUGCCCUAGUUUUUGAGUCGGCGUGUCGAGCACAUCCUGGUGGCCCUUUGUUGGUCAAGUAUCAGUUUGCUGCUGGAAAUGCAUGAACGGUUCAUUUGUUUCGAACAGAGCAUAAUUUCUUGUCUUUUUGUGGGUCAAUAACGAGAGCUUCAUUUUAUUGUAUAAAGUGGGUUAGGGCACCCUCAACAGAACGAGAUAGUUAUUAGCUCUAAGACAACUUUUUCAAUUGUACUAAUUUUUAGCACAAUAUCAUACUAGCUCUUGAUCAAGAGAUAAAUUA